GGCCAGACAAACAAACUCAGCAGCUGAAUCAAACACUGAGUGAAGAUGAAGAAAGAAGACAUCUUGAACACUUUGGAAGAAUUAAGUCAGGAAGAUUUUGAUAAAUUCAAGUGGUUCCUGCAGCAACCUGAGACUCUUCCUGAACUCAGAGCAAUCAAGAAAAAACACCUGGAAGGAGCAAAAACCUUUGACAUGGUGGACUUGAUGGUGCAGAUAUACACACUUGAUCGAUGCAGGGAGAUGAUCUUCACGAUUUUAAAGAACAUUUUAAAAAAUGACCUGCGGAACAGAUUGUUAAAAGAUUGGAUGGGGGAGACGGAGGCUGAAGUUCAGGAGAUGAUCCAGGAAAGACGACUGAAGAUCCAGGAGAUCAGAGAGUCGGUGAAGAUCAGUAAAGAUGCUGCAGACAGAGAGAAAGCAGAAGGUGUUCAGGUCUUCACGGCUCUGAUAGAGUCUGCUGAGAGAGGCCUGAAGGAGCUCCUCAAGGAGAUCCAAGACAAACAGGAAACUACAGAGAAAGAAGCUGAAGACUUCAUCAGAGAUCUGGAACAGGAGAUCUCUGAGCUGAAGAAGAGGAGCUCUGAGGUCAAGCAGCUCUCACAGGAUGAAGAUCACCUCCACCUCCUCCAAAGAUUCUCCUCCCUGAAAGAUGCUCCACCCACCAAGACCUGGACAGAGGUCAGAGUUCAUCCACCAUCAUAUGAGGAGACUGUGGUGAGAGCUGUGGCUCUGUUUGAGCAGAAUAAGGAGAAGAUAUUGGAGAUGAAGAGGAUCCAGCAGUUUGCAGUGGAUGUGACUCUGGAUCCUGAUACGGCUCAUCCUAACCUCAUCCUGUCUGAUGAUGGAAAACAAGUGAAACAUGAAGAUGUGAAGAAGAAACUUUCAGACAAUCCAGAGAGAUUUUCUAAGUGUGUUUCUGUUUUAGGACAGCAGAGUUUCUCUUCAGGCAGAUUUUACUUUGAGGUUCAAGUUAAAGGAAAGACUGACUGGACUUUAGGAGUGGUUAGAGAGUCUGUUGACAGGAAAGGAAAAAUCAACCUCAGUCCUCAGAACGGUUUCUGGGCUGUUGGGUUGAGAAAUGGAUAUGAGUACUUAGCUUUUGUUGGAUCUCUAAUCCGUCUCCAUCUCCAUCCUGGUCCUCAGAAGGUGGGGGUGUUUGUGGAUUAUGAGGAGGGUCUGGUCUCCUUCUAUGAUGUAGAUGCUGCAGCUCUGAUCUACUCCUUUACUGGCUGCUGCUUCAAGGAGAAACUCCACCCAUACUUUGGUCCUGGCCUUAAUGAUGGUGGUAAAAACUCUGCUCCUCUGAUCAUCUGUCCUGUUGAUCAGGCUGGUCGUUGAUCUGAUGAAUCUCCAUGAAGAAUCAAUCUGAGACUCUGCAGUAAAAUCCUAAUAUGAUCGCCUGAUUAGCUCAGCUUUAAAUUCAGCUCCUCUCAUAUCCUCAGAUCUUACAUCCAUCUAGAACUUCCUUUAUAUAUUAUUUAUAAAAGUACUUAUGAUCAGAGAGAAAACAUAAAACAAAGUUAUAUUAAAGAAGCAGCAGUUGUCCUUUAGUUCCAGAUCCAGUCUGUUGUUCUGCUUUAAAAUAUAAAACUAGAAACUCAAAGAAACUAAAUUAAAGCUAACAGUAAAAUAAAACUGAAGGAAAAACUCAUAACUAAUCAUAUGAAAACAGUUAUUCACUGUAAACAUUAUGUGUUAAAGAGGUCCGGCUGAUACUUUUAUAACUGGGCCAGUUAGAAGCAGGUUUUAUUCCCGGUUCUGGACCAGAACCAGAACCAGAACCAGUCACAUGUUCCUCCUGCCGCCAUUUUUAUUGUUUCUAACUGAACUGUUGGUAGAAUCACUGAGUAAAAGUGACAUAUAUGGAGAAUUAUUGAUUCUAUUUCAGUGUUUUUAUCUCGACUAUGUUGUGUUUAAAUGUAUUUCUUGACUUUAUUGAAACUUAUUUUAACUGAUGCUCAGAUUAAUUCUGUAUCUUAUUCUGGAGAA